AUGAAGGAGGGGAAAAAGGACGGCAGCAGGAAGAAGGAUGGCCAUGGCAUUGCGGCUGGCCUGCGUCAUCUUAUGCUGCCGCCCACCCCAACUUUCCACGCCCAUGAGCAGGGGAGGGAGCAGAAGCAGCAGCAGCAGCAGCAGCAGCAGCAGCACCAGCAGCUGCAGCAACAGCAACAGCAGCAGCAGCAGCAGCAGCAGCUGCAGCAGCAACAGCAACAGCAGCAGCAGCAGCAGCAGCAGCAGCAGCAGCAGCACCAGCAGCUGCAGCAACAGCAACAGCAGCAGCAGCAGCAGCAGCUGCAGCAGCAGCAGCAACAGCAGCAGCAGCAGCAGCAGCAGCUGCAGCAGCAGCAACAGCAAGCGGGGUUCUCCCUUCCCCCCGGACACACAUUCAGUUGGGGGAGCAAGGGGGGUUUUAGGGAGAUGCAAGAGGGUGAUUAUAGUGAAGGGAAGACCGGGGGGGACGAGCGGCGAGGGGGUGAGAGCAGAAAAGAAGCUGGGGUGGAGGCUGGAAGGGAGGAAGAGGUAGAGUUGGCAGGGGAGGGAGGGAAUAACGUUACUGGGGAGCAGAGGAGGGUGGAGGUGGGUGUAAGGGGAGCAGGAGGGGCGAGAGAGGAGGAGGAUAGGGGGAGUGAGGGAGAGGUAAAAGAAGGAUUAGUAGGAGUGAAAAGUGAGGAGGAUAGGGGGAGCGAGGGAGGGGAGAAGAUCAGAGAGGGGAAAGAAGAGGAGGUGGGGGUGGGGUUGGGGAUGGGAGCUAUGGGAGGGGUGAAGGGGGGAGCAGUGGUGGGAGAGGAAUCAGAUGAGGCAAGGGAAGGAGAGGUGAGUGCCUGUGGGGGAAGAAUUGGAAGAGAAUAUGAAAAGGAGGAUGGGGGGAAGGAGACGAAAGAGGCGGCAGAGGGUGAGAAAAAUGACGACGAGGAGGAGAGCGAAGAGGAGAGUGAACAGUAUAAUGAGGAAGGUGAGGUGGAAGAGGAGAGUGAGGAGGAAACGGAGAGUGAGGAGGAAACGGAGAGUGAGGAGGAAAAGGAGAGUGAGGAGGAAUGGGGUGAGGAAGGAGAGGAAAGCGAGGAAGAACGGGAGGAGGAGGAGAGUGAAGAGGAAGAGGAGAAAGAGGGUGUGAACGAGAGUGUUAAGGAUGGAGAGAGUGUGCAAGGGAGUGUAGGAGGAGGAAAAGAUGGAGAGAGGAGGAGUGAAACUGAGAGGGAGGGAAGAAACGAGGAAAGUGGGGAGGAGAAUGAGGAGAGUGAGGAGGAGAGUGAGGAGGCUCGGAAGCUUCUGGAGGAGAUAAGGAGUGCGGUGAGGAGGAAGAUGCACAAGGAAGGGAAGCUUCCUCUGAACCUCGCUUCUGCUGCCGCCGCUGGUACUUCUGAUGCUACUGCUGCCACUGGUGCUACUGUUACUGCUGCUACUGCCACUGCUGCUACUGUUCCUGCUGUUACUGCCACUGGUGCUACUGUUCCUGCUGUUACUGCCACUGGUGCUACUGUUACUGCUGUUACUGCCGCUGCUGCUACUGUUACCGCUACUGCUGCCACUGCUACUGCUAUUGCUGGGAGCGAUAGUUCUACAGCUGCUGCAGACCCUACAGGAGCUCCUUCUCUCUCUCCGCUUCCCCUUCUUCCCUCUCCCUCCCGCUCUCCUCUUCCUCCUCACACGUUCCCCCCUCUUCCUUCUCCUCCCCGCCCUCCUCUUCCCCCGCGUCCUUGUCCUCCCCUCUCCUCUCUCUCCCCUCUUCCCUCUCCUGCACGUUCUUCCCUUCUUCCUGCCACCCCACCAGGAAUGGGAACACCUGGCGGCUUCCCACCUGGCGGCUUCCCACCUGGCGGCUUCCCACCUGGCAGCUUCCCACCUGGCGGCUUCCCACCGCGGGCACCUUCUGCGUCAACUCAAAAGUCGACUUUUGAGGCGCCUCAAAAGCCGCCAGUAAUGGGAACACUGCAAGCACCUUCUGCGUCAACUCGAAAGUCGCCUCAAGAGUCUCCCCUUCUCCCUGCUGCUCCCCUUGUUAUGGGAGUGCCAGAUUCUCCGCUAAGCAGGGCCCGAAGCACACCUAGUCUGGCCAGUGCAGCUAGCGAAGGCGGUUAUAAGGGGGAUGGUGAGGAUGCUGCUGGUGAGAGCGCUUAUAAGGGGUAUGGUACGGCCGCUGCUGGUCAGGGAUCGUGGUGGGGAAGAAAAGCGGCAGGAGGAGAGGCAGCAACUGCAGGAACAGUCACAGGAGCAGCAGCAGCAGGAGCAGCAGGAGCAAUAGCAACAGCAACUGCAGCAGCAACAGUAGCAGCAGGAGCAGCAGCAGCAGCAACAGCAGGAGCAGCAGCAGCAGCAGUAGCAGCAGUAGCAGCAGGAGCAGUCGCAAUGGCUGGUGGUGGUGCGUUCGAGUCCACCCAUUCUUUUGCGUCAGCAACAACAGCAGCUGCUGCUGCUGGUAAUUUCCAAUUGAUCCAGAGUAAAGCAGCAACGGGGGCUGCUGCAGCAGCAGUUGAUUCUGGGAGUGGGGGAGUGGGAGGAUUGGGGGGAGUGGAGGGUUGGGUGGGAGAGGGAAGCGGGGGAGUGGGAGGAUUGGGGGAAGUGGAGGGUUGGGGGGAAGCGGGAGGAUCGGGGGAAGUGGAGGGUUUGGGGAGAGCGGUAGGUACCAAAUGUGCUGCUGAUGGCAAGAAAGGGAGGAAGGGCAGCGAGGGUCAUGGGUUUACUGGAGAGGAAUGGCGGGGUGAAUUGGAUGGGGAAGGGGAAGGGGAGGAGGAGGAGGGGUUAGAGGAGGAGGAGGAGGAGGAGGAGGAGGAGGAGGAGGAGGAGGAGGAGGAGGAGGAGGAGGAGGAGGAGGAGGAGGUGCCGUUGGUGCAGCUGCUACGGUCGAGAACUAUCGGGUCGGGAUAUUCAUGCAGAGUGCUCGAUUUGGAAUCGAUUGGUGCUGCUGCUGCUGCUGCUGCUGCUGCUGCUGCUGCUGCUGCUGCUGCUGAUGUUGCCGGCACAGCGUAUCUUGAUGAUGAUGAUGAUGGUGAUGGCGAUGGUGAUGGUGAUGGUGAUGGUGGUACGGUUUGUGGUGCUGAUGAUGGUGCUGCUGGUGCUUUUGCUGGUGGUGGUGAUGUAUCAGAGGAGAGCGAGCACAAGGCAGGCAGCAGCAGGCACAAGGGGGCAACGAAACCGGCAAAGAAAAGGAAGGAGGCGAAAGGGAGGAAGGAGAGCGAGGGUGAGGGGGACAGUGCUGAGGGGGACAAGGUUAAAGAAGUUGGAAAGAAGGGGAGGAUAUCUGGGAAGAAGAAGAAGAAGGAGAAGGAGAAGGAGAAGGAGAAGGCAGGAGGAAGAGAAGCCAAUGAAGCACAUAUGCUGAAUCCACGCGAGAGAGUGGUGAACGAGGGAGUGGGUGGGGUGAGUGAGCUAGUGGGUGAGGGGGUGAGUGGGGGGGUGAAGGAGAAGAGGAAGCAGAAGAAGGAUGGGAGCAGGACCAAGGCUCAGAAGGGUGAAGAAUCUGAGGAGGUUGGAGGGGCAAAGAAGGUUGAUGAGGUGUGUGAGGAGGUUGGGGAGGGGAAGGAGCGAAGGCUUAAAGGCCCAACCAUUGUUCAGCCACAGGAGCUUCACUUGCAGGCAACAAGCAACAACGGUGAGGGUGCCUUGUUGUUAGCCGGUCCUGUAGGGUUGGAUGCAGGGAAGCGUUGGGGCAGCAGUAGGGCUUUAAGAGUGGCCAUUCCUUUGGAUAUUCCUCACGAUGAAGAUGAAGAAGAGGAGGAGGAAGAGGAGGAAGAGGAGGGGGAGAGGGAGAGGGAGAGCGGUGAUUAUAUCAAGCGUGCGCUCUUACAACGUGGUGCUAUGUCCGCACGUGACUAUAUGGGGCGCUCAUCGUUCAAACCAGCAGCUGUUUCCGCAGCGGGAGGAGCACGGGCGCUGCCGGCCCUGACACCAGGCCCAGCAGCCAAUAGGAAGCUGCCACGUGGCGUGUCCCCCAAGCCAAUCAUGACACCCGAAGCCCUUGCAGCGUACUAUGAGAAAUCUGGAACCCCGGCCAAUCAGAUAACCCCUCGCAUGGGAGCAGGGUUUGGGUCAAAGACCGGGAAAGGGAUUGGGAGCAGGAGUGGCUGGGGCAGGAAAACCCCUGGUUCUUGUUCUGCUGCUGGUUCUUGUUCUGCUGCUGGUUCUUGUUCUGCUGCUGGUUCUUGUGUUGCUGCUGGUUCUUGUUCUGCUGCUGGUUCUUGUUCUGCUGCUGGUUCUUGUUCUGCUGCUGGUUCUGGUGCUGCAGCUUCAGAUACGUCUCAAAAGACCCCUGGUGCUGCUUCUAAUGCUGUUGUUGGUGCUGCUUCUAAACUUGCUGUUUCAUCCAGUAAGACCCCUAAGUGGAUCUCCAGGGGAGUUUCAGGGGAAGGUUUUGGAAGAGGGCUUGAUGGAGCAUUAGAAGGGGGGUUGUUAGGGGGCUUUGAAGGGUGGGGUGAAGGGGAGGUGGAUGCGGGGGGUGAAGGGUGGGACUCCUCCCUCCGGCACACCUCCUUCCAUCACCCCUCCUAG